AUGGCGCCGUCUGUCCUGAUUGUCUGUCUCGGAAACAUCUGCCGCUCACCGAUGGGCGAGGCGGUCCUCAGGCAUGUUGCGAAAGAGCGCGGCAUCGAGCUCACUGUCGACUCUGCGGGUACGUCGCGCUACCACAUUGGCGAGGAUCCAGAUGAUCGAACGAUCUCAACAUGUCGAAAAUACAAAGUUUCCAUAAAACAUUCCGCGCGCCAGGUCUCUGAUGAGGACUUUCGCCAAUUCACCCACAUACUCGCCGCCGACGAGGCCAACCUGCGUACUCUCCAGCAACGGAAGCCGCACGGCGCCUCCGCGGACGUACGGCUGUGGGGCUCAUACCUGGACAACGAGCCCAUUGCAGAUCCAUACUACGGAGGAUCGCGAGACUUUGAAGAUUGUUACAAGCAAUGCAUCCAGCUAUCCAAUGCAUUCCUGGAUGAGGUGGUUGGGAAAUAG